AUGUCUGAUCGUGAGAAGAGGCAGCUUAUCGUUCGGGGACAAAAUGUACCAGUCAGUGAAGAAUAUUGGGACUACGUAGCAGACGAGCAGUCUGUGAAGGAUGCGGAAGUCUACAGGAACAACACAGAGAACUACGUGGGCACUGUGAAGUACCCAAUCGGCGUAAUCGGGCCCUUGAAGGUCAACGGAGAGUAUGCCAACCGUGAAUAUGUGGUGCCUAUGGCAACCCAUGAGGGAGCGCUCCUAGCCUCAUACAGCCGAGGUGCUAAGGCCAUAACAGCAGGAGGAGGAGUGACAACACGUAUCAAAACCAGAUGCAUGUUGCGCGCACCGGUCUUCAUUUUUGCCAACAUUGCGGAUGCGAAUCAGUUCUACCGCUUUGCUCACCUAGCCACCACUCAGGAGGCAAUCAAAGAUACAUUGCACAAAAACAUUGGUCACUUGACGGAAGAGCGAACACGGAUUAGGGUUUUCCAGACAGACCGCAAAGUGCACAUUUCCAUUGGCAUCGACUCCCAAGAUGCAGCUGGUCAGAACAAGGUGACAUAUGCCGGCGAUUUGAUGAUGAAGUGGAUGAAGGAAAACUAUCCAGGCAACAUCCCAGAGAUGUACAUCGAAGGCGGCUUCAAUGCAGGGAAGCGAGUCUCAGUGAUGCACACGCUUCUGGGAAAGGGGCACUCCUUGGUUGCUGAUUGCAUCAUUCCCAAGGAAGUAUGCCAGUCGAUUCUGCGCACCACGCCAUACAGGCUGCAGCGCUUUCAGAAGAUGCACAGCCGAACGAACGAGUUCAUGGGCGGAAUCAGCUGCACAGCCCAUGCGGCCAAUGGUCUGGCAGCCUUCUACAUUGCCACAGGAAAUGAUCCCGCCUGCACUGCAGAGUCGCAAGCAGCAGUAACCCACUUUGACCUGGUAAAUCCAUCUGGAGGCUCCACAGGUCUCUUCGACCAGGAUUUGUAUGCCAGCAUUACUUUGAAUUCCAUCAUUAUCGCCAGCAUUGGCGGUGGCACCUCGCUGCCAUCUUUCCAGGCUGCCCGCUCCAUCAUGGGUGCAACCAGUGCCAACGAGCUCGCAGAAAUUUGCGCAGGUGUCGUGCUGUCGGGCGAGCUCAGCUUCUAUGCCUCCAUGGAGACAGGUACCUUCGCGGCAGCGCACUGGAAUAUGACCCACAAGUGA